AUGGCUACGAUUCCUCGAUUCCUUUUGCCCCGGCGCGGGCCCAUGUGGCAGCAGCAGCACACAUUUGCGUCGCGGCUGUCGGCGACCGCACGUCGGCCCGCGGCAACAUCGACGGCGUCCUCGACCAGCGGCUGCACGGGCAUCAUCCAGGGCGUCCGGAACGCCUCGACACGCCCGCCCAAGGCCGGCGGCGCUUCUACAUCUACAGCCUCGCCAUCGCCGGCGGGUGGCAGCCCGGGACACGUCCUCGAGAAGCCGGCCAAGUUCAACCCGCCGUCGCAUGGCGCCCGCCUGCCACGGCGCAACGCCAAUGCGCCCGCCGCCCAGCACUACGGCGGCGACCUGUCCGCGGCAGAACGCGCCGCGCAGCGCACCCGCCAGUACCCGGGUAUGAUGGCGCCGCCGGGCACGUGGGCGCACUGGUUCUGGACGAGCCGCGCCUUCCACCUGGGCAUCACCAUGUCCACCCUGGCCGCGCUGGCCGUCUUCACGCUCGUCGAGAACUUCCGGCGGACGUCGCCGUUUGUCGACAUGCUGCCGACAUGGCGCGAGGCGAUGCAGCACCCAAUCCUGGCGGCCCGCACGACGAUGGAGGUGGUGCGGCUGACAGAGCACCACCGCGUGACUGUGAUUGCCGAGCGGCGGCAGAUGCGCGUGGACGACGUGGCAAAGCGCACCAUCAACGGUGGCUGGUUUGGCGGUGAUGGCAAAAAGAACCAGGGCCCUGUGCCACCGCCCCGCAACGAGGUGGACGAUGCAUCGCCGGUCCGCGGCGAGGCCCCGGUUGAGGAACCUGCAGAGGCCGGGCCGCGGAAGAAGUUCCUCGGGAUCUUUUAG